UAGUAGCCUCCCUUGUGAUGGACACCAGCAUGCACAGGGGCGUGAAAAGAGUACACACAGUCAAAGAAAGUGGAGAUAUGUUCACUGACCUGAUGUAUCUUUCACUUUCGACUGGAUUUCAUGUUUUGUGCGGUUUUUGUGAGUUAGCAAGCAUCAGUGCACUCUUGUUCCACAAGAAUUCACGAGUUUCGAAGAGAUGAAUGUUUCCUAAAUCUCUGGACCACCGUCAAUAGUCUCCCCUCCUUUACGUCAUUCAGUAUCCAAUAUGGCGUCUGCGUGUACUUUGGAGUGGGCUCCGGAUUCUCUGUAUAAUACAGCAGUUUCUGCGGUGGUUAACUCAUAUGGCGUACACCGAAAGGAGCUCAAAACUUUACCAGAAGACGUCCAGUUCGAUGUUUAUUAUAUGCUAUAUAACAAGGGAAUGCUAAACACUUUAUUCAACGAAUUUUCUCAAAUAGAGGUAUUUGCACGAGUCCUGAGGGUUAGCAACAAAAGGACGCUGCUACAUCACUGUUUUCAAGCUCUGAUGGAUCGAGGAUCAGAGUUUACUCAGAAAAUUUCCUGUGCUCUGGCCACAGCCUUCAAGAACCAUCUCACACCUCAGUGUCUUAGUGAUCAGGCAAGCAGGGUGAAAGGACUCAACCUUGGCUUUGCACUUGGUUGCUUCCUGGCUGAAGCUGGCUGGUUAACUGAAAGUGAGCAUGUAUAUGAGGUGUGUUACAAAGCUGUUAAACAUGAUGACAGUGAAGCAGGGCUGUUUCGUGCCCUGGAAUAUUGUGUAAGGAUGCUUCAUGUAGAAAAUGCAAACUGUAGAUACAGUAAAGCCAAACGAGUUUGCACUGAAGCAUUUUCUCUAGCAGAGCGGUUAGCUCAGAAAGGAAUAAGCUUCAACCGAGCGGUUCUCUACUCAGAACAUAGUGCACUUUUGUUUGCUCAAAGUCUUUAUGAUGAGGCUUACAAGGCCUGCUUGCGAGCACUGGGAGAACUCAAUGACUCAGUACCUGCACGAACAGUCAUAGAUGUUCUACGACAGUGUUCAAAGGCUUGCGUAGUAAAGAGAGAAUUCAAGAAAGCUGAGAUUUUAAUCAAACUUGCUGUCCACAAGGCUAGGGAACACUUUGGUCAACACCACCCCAAAUACUCUGAUGCCCUACUGGAUUAUGGCUUUUUUCUUCUGAAUAUUGACUCCAUUUCAUCAGCUGUGCAGGUUUACCAGAUGGUGCUGGACAUAAGGCAGGCAGUGUUUGGGGGCAACAACCUCUAUGUAGCCAUUGCUUGUGAAGACCUGGCUUAUGCUACAUAUGUUUAUGAGUACAGUUCAGGAAAGUUUGCAGACGCCAGAGACCAUGCAGACAAAGCCAUCAAUAUUCUCAGUCAAAUUCUUCACCCCAAUCACUUACUACUGUCUUCAUCAAAGCGAGUAAAAGCCUUGAUACUUGAGGAGAUAGCAAUUGAUAGUGAGGACAAGAGCUUGGAAGAGAAGUUUCUGCUUGAAGCCCAGGAACUACAUCUGCAAUCACUGGAACUGGCCAGGAAGGCAUUUGGCGAGAAAAAUGUGCAGACAGCAAAGCAUUAUGGAAACCUUGGCCGUCUGUACCAGUCCAUGCACAGGUUUAAGGAAGCAGAGGAGAUGCAUCAGAAGGCAAUUAAAAUCAAAGAGAAGUUACUGGGUCCAGAUGAUUAUGAAGUGGCACUGUCCGUUGGACAUCUUGCUUCCCUCUACAACUAUGACAUGAACAAAUUUAACGAGGCUGAAAAACUCUACUACCGUUCUAUAAGCAUAGGCAAAGCAUUGUUUGGCAAAUCCUACAGUGGAUUAGAAUAUGAUUACCGUGGUUUGUUGCGUUUAUACCAUCACACUGGGGCACAUGAAAUGGCCAUGCAUUAUCACAACGUGCUUCAAGAAUGGAGUCAGCUAAGAGACCAGAACAACACAAGUGAAGUGAAACCUUUGGACUUUGAUGUACAUGAUUCUGUGGAGAACAUUGUCAGUAAACACUUUCUGUCCUGACAGCAAGGCUCCUCAGCCAGUUUCUGGGAAGGUGUUGCUGUGCAAAACUGUUCUGUCAUUGCUGUUUGAGGUGGCCGUUGGUUGCCUGCCAUUUUUCGAGGUCAUCGUGAGGCACUUGGAAUGCUGGUGCCUAAACUUUAUCACUGCACUAAACAUUAGUUGCGCUUGUGUCAGCCAAAUGUCUGAACAAGAUAAUGUGAGAAAAUGGCAGAAACAUGACUUAUUUAUUGAUGGACUGUGAAGUAGCUGAUUGGCCAAGCAAAUACGACAAAAGAAGAGAGAAAUACAAAGAUGACUGUACUAAUGUUAGGUCAAAACCCCUUUCUCCACAUUAUGAUUGCACCUCUCAUUGUAUCCCUCCAUUUUAGCCGGCCAUUUCACACUCUCAUUUUGUUUUGAAGGCAGCAUGCUUGUAUUCUGCUGCAGGAGAUACUGGACUCAAGGCAGAAGCUUGAUGCUCCACUUCGCUCCCUCCCAGCCUGCAUCUCACCCCCAUGUCCAUGCUUCCUCCUCCUCCCUACCACCCUUUUCCCCUGCAGUUUAUUCUGACACGUUAAAAAUAAUAAAUGCUAUACAGCUUGGUGAUUUUUUUUAUAUAUUUGUGAACAGAAGAUAUUACAAUGUUUUACCCCCUCCCCCCACCAAAAAAUUUUUUCGUAAUCUAUUAUGCAGGAGAUCUGCAUGCUGAGAAGGUAGCCAUUUAAGAGAGUGUUUAAGAGUGUGCGUGUGCAUGGGUGUGUGCUUAUGUAACAGGAUAAGUUGAGAAGCAUUUGCUCAGCUGCUGUCUAAUCUCCACCUUAUGUCAAAAACUUGACUAUCCUCAUUUUCACUGCAUGCUGCACGUGAGGCAUAAAGACAGUUUUUAUUGACAAGCAUCACAGACGGCAUUUGCCCACCUUUUUCUACUCUGGAAUUUUGCAGCAUCUGAUAAUAAUCAUAACAUUUUUUCUGUAUAACCAUGGUGGAAUAUUGUGCUCAGGAUUUGCCGGCAUUUAUGGGUGAAUAUAUUUUUGUGCAUAAAAAAGAUGGUAUUGCAACAAAUUCUUUGUGGCAGGAUGGUGACUUGUUACUGAUGUGCAGGAGUGCUUUGCUUUGCUUCACAGACAUUUCAGUGGUUGUGGUGGAGGAAGAGAGAGUGAACUGAGGUUUAGGGUAUUCGUGUCCUGUUUAAGUGCAUGCUCAUGAGCAUGUUGACAGAAGGUAUCACCAGUCCAAAGCAGCUCUUUUUAUUAGAUUUGCAUGGACCUGUGACAGGUAUAUCUAUGUAAAUGUAUCAAUGUUGUUUAUUCUUGCAAUAAGGCAAGAUGCUUCAUGGCAUAUGCAAAUGAGCAGUGUGUUUCCUUCACUACUCUGUAAAUGCUGUAUUAGCUCAUGAAAGUUCUCUUGCAGCCAGCUGCUUACUGUUGCAGCAUCAUUACUCAGUUUUCGGUUAGAACCCUGUAUCUUUGUUUUGAAGAUCUUUAAUUAAGUAGUAAUCAUGUUAUUUUAUUUGUUAAGAUUUGUGCUAAAUGCUGCACAUACCCAGGUCAACCAUAACCCAGAGUGAACCCAUUAUUUAUUAGCUUUUCAAUUUUAAAUAAAAAUAUAUUUAGAUAAUUUAACAUUUCAAAGAGAGAAAUGUGUGAAUCCAACUUUAUGUUGAGUUCAUAUGUUUCAGACAUAUGGUGUUGGAUUGGAUGGACAGAUUAUACAUGUUAAAGCCAUGUAUUGUCUGCAUUUUAAGAAAUCAAAGGCCUAAGUUUUGAUCUGCCUUAGUAUUCUCUGCUGAUUAUAACUUAUAGGUGAAGUCAUUAGUACCUGAUGCAGAGCCAUUAAAUUAGAUAUACCAGCAUGAAUAGCUUUUACUUUAAAGGGAAAGAAAUAUUUGGCUGCAAGAUGAGAAGGCAAACUGACAUGGCCAGUUGUUUCUAACUUCAGGUUGAUUGUGAGCAGAUGGAUCCAUUUCGAGAUAAGCUUCUGUUGAUUUGCUUUUUCCUUGACAUGAGCUGACUCUGAGAUAGCACAUGACUAAUCAGGGGUGUUUUUGUUUCCUAGUCAGGAUGGGUCACAAGGUGGAAGAUGACCAUUAACAAUCCUGAUGUAGUGCUUGAUUGAGCUAAAAAAAAUUUUUCAAUGUUUUCUUUCCAUUUGCAAGAAGAAAAAGCUCUUGUACAGUCAUUGCAUUUCAGGUAAGUGUGAGAGGCUAGUCUCAUAAUUUUUGCAUGCUUCCAUGUUGAUAUUAAAAAAGAUUAGUGAUACAUUUAUUAAGGAAGAGAGAUGAUUAUUAAUAUUAAAUGUACAAAUCUGGAAGCCCUAGCUAGAAAUGUUUUGGAGAAAAAAACCUGUUACUGUGGACAGAUGUGAUGGAAGAAAACUAUGAGAAUGUACUGGCAGUUUGGGAACCAGCCAUUGUUUGCAUAAUCCAUGACCCUUUUUUUUUUUAAUUUCUGAUGCAUGCAGCAUCAUAAUGUUUAUUUUCUGUACUAAUGUAUGUAAAGAAUAUUUGUGGAAAGUUUCAGAUACAGUUUGCUUCUUUUUUCUUUUGCAUUUGGUUCUGGAUACAAACAUGCUGAAAUCAGACUAGAGCUAAUCUUUCACAAAUACUACUGAACAAGAGAACAAAAUUAAAAAAAAAAAAUAGAAUUGAAGCAAGUAGACUUAGUAGUAAGUUUGCUGCAGUAUUAACAGAGUACAGUCCAUCCACAGAUGUAUAGCUGCAUCUGAACAUUCAGGAUUUAAUCAUACAAAAAAUAUUUUCAAAAUUGAAAAUUAUUGUUUUGACUUGCUUUUAAGUAGUGACUACCAAGUAUAUUUCUCAGCAUUUGUUUUUCUUUUUUUUUAUUAUUGAUAAUUCAAGUAAGAACAAUUUUACAGUAUUUCUUGUGAAAUAUUUAAUGUGAAGGAAAACUGACAGUUUCAUUGGCGUUUUUUGUGGUAGAUGUGCCCUCUAGGUAAGUCUUUUAUAACUUCCUGUUUAGUAUGUCCUUAAAGGUUAAUGAGACUUUGGAGUACUAUGUAUAAUGUUCAAUUAUGGUUUGAUUAAGCUGUAGUAGCAUCAUAUUACCUGGAGGAAUGGUUUGAUGGGACUUUAGGUUGUAGUGCAAAAGAUAGAUGUCCUGUCAUUGGGAUAUGGACGAAUUGCAUGCGAUGUGUAGCUGUGCUAUUGUGGGGCUUCGGGUUGCAAUGUGUAGUGUGGCUGUCCAGUCAUUGGGAUAUGGAUGUGUAGAUGUUCUCUGAUAGACCUGUGGGAAUGCCACAUUUGUUUGGCAGCUGUAGGGAAUUCUUUGUUUUGUGAGGAGCUGCCGUUUGAAAAGGCAGUGUGAAAACCAUGUGCAGAAUCUGAAUAUUCUGGCUUUGAAAAUGCAAGUCACGAUGUGCAAUAAUGGUUGACUGAAUGUAGAUGAAACUUAUGGUUGGGAAAUGGAACAGUCUAUUUCCUGCCAGUAUAGACGAUUGCACCCUGUAGAGUGUACACGUUUCAAUUUCAAUUUCGUGUCUAUGUUAAAUUCUGACAUUUCAUGUUUUCCGUUUACAAAGUCAUUGGAAUACAUCCUGCCUGCAUAAAACACACAUUGUUAAUGUUUUUAUUUUAUGACAUUGUUUUAAUUAGGGUUUUCAUCCACGUUGUUGAUGUGGGUAUCAGUGUUUGGUUUGUUUGACUGAAAUCUGUUCAUCCCAUACAUCAGUGUGGCGAGAACUAUGUUGAGAAGAGAAGAAACAGAUCAUUGCAAUCUUGUCAUUUUGAGUCGUUUAAUGAGGGCAUUUGUGUUAAGUCAGUAAUUUUAAUGUAUGCCAUUUUUUAAUUGUUAGCAGAAACCACUUGAAAACCAUGGAUUAGUCUUUUUUCCGUCCCUUUCUCCCCAAACAAGCACACCAAAAAUGUAAAAAUGUAUGCACACUAAAUAUUUAGCAUAUUGAUGGAGAUGUAAUCAUUGGGUUUUUUGUCAUCAUUGUUCUCACAAACUUGUGUUUCAUGCUCUUUUGUUUCCCUCCUGCCUGUGCUUCAGCCACAAAUUUUGUGACUGCCAAUGGCAUGUGAGGUCAUACACACAAUCGCUGAAGUCUUAUCGCCAGUGUUUCUCAUUAUUUGUGGCAGUGCUAUCGAGUGUGAUGCCACUCAGUCCAGUGACAUCAGUGUGUGGCAUGGCUUCAGAGUACAGUGCCUCUAUCCUUGUGUGGUAGGAGCAUCAUCAUCAUCGUGUAUAGAUUUUCGCAGGACUGCUGUAAUAGCCAACAGUGAUUUUUGUCUGUUAUUGAGAAAGUAUGUUGUGUAGAUUUGAUAAAAUAAAUCAGUUAUUUGUUCAAAGGCGAAACACGCUCGUCAAGAGUAGAAAAUAUGAAAUUCCAAGCCAAAGUGGGGUGUCUUUUUUUUUUUUUUUUUUGUAAUGGAGUAUUUCUUUACUGAAUCUUAGGCAAUGUCCUGUCUAUCUCCCCUACAUUCCCCUCCUUCACUUUUCUCGAUCAUUCACUCCCAUUCAUUUUAUAUAUGUGCGGGUGGAUGGGAAGAAACUCUUCACGUCCUACUUGUUGUCAGCCCCUUUCAUUCGCCUCACCCCUCAUCAUCGAUGUUUCUGAUACUCGCAUGUCUCCUGCAUCAUGCAUGAAGCGCCCACCUAUGCAGUCAGGUCCUUGUGUCUCAAAGGGUGACCAUGGCUGCGAUUAUAAUUAUUGAUAACUUGAAGUGAGUGAGAACUGGACGGCAUAGACUGUUGUUAGUUUACUCGACCCUCAUUGCUUAUGUGUUGGGUGUCUUUUGGUUUGGUUGGCUUUGAAAGGAUACGGGAUUGAAAUAGCGGUUGAUUGUUUUGUGUUGCUUGUCGAAAGGUGAUUGGUUCAGAUGGGGGACGUAUUUAACAUAUCUGGGAAGAUAUUCACGAGGUACUCUUGCUGCCGUGAUCUGUGAUGCUUGAAAUUUGCUGGAAUUACAUUAUUUGUGAAGCUGU